GAGAGAAGUUGUUCGAAGGCAGUCACACAUGUUGCACCAAGAGAACAACUAUAUUGGCUUUGUGCGCGGCUUUGCAUAAUAUCUUCUUUUUUUGUUUGAAUAGUAUGAAAUUGUCGUCCAUCACUGGUUAAUAUCUUGUUGAAGAACACAUUCUUUUCCUUGGUUAUUUCCCGGGUGCCUAGUUGCUCUAUAAACUUAAGUAUCAUAUCUGAUUGACUUUACAAUUAGUUGGAGAUCUGCAACUCGGAUGAACUGAACAAUUGACCUAAAACCGGUUCUUGUGGCACGAAGCACAAUUCCGAAUUUUAAGAUCUAAAUUUUUAAUUUGUGAUCUGAUAAUUAAAAAAAAUGAUGGGCCAGGACCAAACGCUCUCAAAAAUAACAAAAUUGUGCAAUUUUCUUCAACAUAUGACUUACUCGGUCAACAAAGGCUUGCCUAAUCGAGGUAUCAAUGUCUAACAUAAAUGGGGCGAUGUGCGCACACGAGGACUAUUACAGUAGGCCUAGGCCUUUAUGUUUCUUUUUUAAAUAUUAUAUACAUAUUUGUAUUGCCCUACCCUUAGGCCUACCCCCUCCCCCGACCACGACCUGUCAUGACCAAAUUUUCGAUUAAACAAGAAGUAAUCUUGUAAAUUUUGCCACAUACUUUUCUACGGUAAUCCAAGUAUCGAGCGGUUUUUGUCAGUUCCUUCUCUUUUUUAUGUUUGCUUGAUAAAUAUUUCAUCUUAGUUCCCCUUAUGAGCUAGUUCUCUCGUUAUUACUUUCGCUUCGGCAUUGUUUGUUUUAAUCGGACACAAAGAUCAUUUGAUUUACUUUUAGUUUCAGGCUAUAGUAUUUACGCAAACAAUCAUUUAUAGAGUAUUCGAAUAUAUUUUUUAUAAGACUAAAAUUGAUAUACCCUAGAUCUGUACUUUGUGUUAGUCAUUCUAUUUACUGAUCGAACACUUGCGACUAACCACAAUCGUUAUUCAAACAAAUGAGUUUUAUAUAUGUAUAUAAAUGUUACUAAUUGUUUAUCACAUGAAAAUAUUAACCAAUCACACAGCUCCGAUAUUAGUACUGGUAUAAUAUAAAAACGCGAUUACUUCCUUCCACGAUGCCACAGUAGACCUAACAUCCGACAUGUCCUAACUUUACAAGAAACAGCCUCUCCCAAUCAUGGAGAUUCUACAUAUGGCCGAAACCAUGUUGAACGACGCUAUCUUCAGAGAUGAUUGGCAAGCAGUAAGAAGGAUUUGUAAGACUGAAAAGCAUCUUGUUAACAGAAAGGAUAGGAGCGGCAGAACACCAAUAAUGAACACUAUGUAUAGACGUAACGUGCCAGAGGACGUCCUGUUGCUUCUCAUAGAACGUACGAAAGCAGAGAAUCUUGAACAGGCAAUGGGAUUUGAUGAUACCAUAGUUCAUAACUUGGCAGGAUAUGCGUACGCAUCAGCAUUGAAACUCGUUUUAGACAAAACAACUAAACACAUCAACAACCAGGCAAACGCACUUGGAUGGACACCCCUACAUUACUGUCUAGAUGCUUCUUGUAGUUAUGACGCACACCGACAGACGACAUUGUGUCUGUUGACGUAUGGUGCGUCACUGUCACUAAAAAAUGGGCGUGGAAAAACGCCUCUAGAUUUUUAUCGUAUGAACAAAUGUAGUGAAUAUGACGAAACCACAAGAGAUAAAAAGAAGGAAGAACUCAUCGACUUAAUUGAAGAAUUAUCAAUUCCAUCAGAAAUCGCUGCCAGAGGUGAAGAUGCCGUUAAAGCAUUUACAGAUGAAAUAAAAAAUGGUGAAAUGACGGUCGUUAAUUCCCGAUUCAUGUUCCUUGGAAAUGAAGGAGUAGGAAAGACCAGCUGUGUUAACGCCAUGCUUGGCAGAGGGUUCAAUCAGCACGAACCAUCAACUGAUGGUAUUGUCACAACUGUCUUUCAAACUAUGGGUGAGAACUCCAGCAAGUGGGAGGAGCAAAAGGGUGUGGAAGUAUGUGAACUAACCACACAGAUGCACGAGCACGCAAUCGCAGCAAAUGUUGCAAAGAAGAUUACUGAAAGCCAAAUAAACACAGAUGUAGCUGCAUCCUCAUCCACGCUUGAUCCUAGAAAAACAACUUCGUCCGUUUCUUCAGCGUCCUUAAAGGAUGAAGUAACAGAGACAAUGGCACCGACGACUUUACAGAAAGGAAAGAAUGGAGGACAAGGAACUCUUGGUGCUGGAGCUAUUUCGAUGAAUCUUCCAAUGAAAGAUCUUGCAAACAGACUUGAAAAGAAACUCCCAGAUGGAAUUCAUAAGAAGCUUGUUAAAGAACUUGCCGACCAGCGUUCUGAACUCAGCUAUUUCGGUGGUCAAUGUGAUAUAACCUGCAUAUGGGACUACGCGGGCCACUUGAGUUAUUACAUAACACACAGGUUUUUUAUUACAGAUGGUUCAUCCUAUGGUCUUGUUUUUAGUCUAUUAGACGAUAUGGAUGCCAAAGCCAGACCAAGGGAUUGUCUGAAAGGGCAGUUUGAAAUGACAAAUCUCCAAAUGAAUAUUUUCUGGUUAAGGUCUAUAUAUGAACACGCUGUACUGCCUCGUAACGCAGCUCGAAAGAUGAUCAAUGGAAACAUAUGCUCUCCACCGAUAAGUUUAAUUGGUACGCACAUGGACCUACUUCCUGGAAGUGAUGAGGAAAAACAGAAAUUGGCCGAAGACAAGUUUAAGAGGAUAUUCGAUGCAAUCAAGGGAACACCAUACGAAUGCCAUGUCGACAGGGAAACGUAUGCAGUUGAUAAUACAGCGACAUCAGAUGCAAUGAUUGACAAACUGAAAAGAAAUGUUGGAGGAUACAUGAAGGCAAUGGCCAAAACGGUUCCUACAAAGUGGGUUCAUUUCCAGAUUAAGGUUCAAGAAAUUGGUAAAACAUCAGUGCGCAUGUCGAUAAAAGAGAUCACUAAGAUUGCUGUUAACUGUGGUAUUGCCAAAGAAACCGUCAUCCACGUUCUUACCUACUUUAAUGAUCUUGGAAUCAUUCUCUAUUCUCCAACUAACACGAAAUUAAAGAAUUCAGUGAUUACUAACAUCCCAAUUCUGAUAGGAAUCUUCACAAAAAUCAUCACAGCUGUAAACCCUGAUGACGUUGAUAAGGUGCCAGUAAUGAUAAACCAUUGGCGUAAAUUGGAUGAAGAAGGCAUUCUUGCAGAGCAGUUAGUGCGUCAUUUAUGGAGGGAUGUACUGACUGCGAGUGGUAACGAUAAUGACGUAAUCUUUGAAGAAUUCAUUGAAAUAAUGAAAUUAUUUGGACUCCUCUUUGAAAAGAAGAGAUCUGAAGACGGUACUCGUAUAUUUGUGGUCCCUUCUCGGAUGAAGACUAAGACUGAGAACCUGGAAGUCAAGGCAGACGAUGGGAGGACUGUAUCCAUAUACGUAACGCCUAGUGACUUUCUUCCUGAUGCUGUCUACGAUGUCUUGGUUGUUAAGUUUGUGGACCUGAGUCAAGAUAAAUGUUGCCAUGAGGACCCGAAGUUAUUUCAGAAUCAGGCUGAAAUUGGAUUAGAUGAUAAGCAUUACCUGAGACUUGGUCGAAUAUGCAUCGACAACAAACAAUCCCUGAAGCUUGAAAUAACACGAAGAACAGAGAAAGAUCAGCACGGCAUCAACAAGCCAACACGUAAGCCGCAUCCAAUCGCAUGUAUGGAGGUUCUGCAUAUUUUAAAGCAACACCUAAGCGAGGUAUAUCCGUCUAAGGGACGUGUCGGCUAUGCUCUGCAAAUUCUUUGCUCUGUUUGCUCAACUCCUGAAAAACCACACUUUCAAGACCUUGAAAGCUGCUUACAGAACGAGCUCAUGAUUUGUGAUAAAUCAAGUGACAAUACAGCUAUGUCAACAAGUCAUGUACUAAAUUCAUUUGUGGCAGAUUGGUCUUAUGUUAAUGAAACCAAAAAUUUCCACUCAAUCCAAUGUUUAAUCCUCGAUUUGGGUACCGGACAAAUGCGCAGAUUCUUUAUGAAAGAAAGUAAGCUUGAGAAAAAAUCAGAUGUCGGAGAAUUCAUGAUAGAAAAGAAGGACGACAUUCACUUGAAGUACGUCGGCUUUGGUGACCUAGACUCGAAGGUGUUCUCACCAGAUGCCAAUAUUGAUAACUUUGACAUGACCACACUGAUUCUGAUGAUACGCUAUUGUUUCAAUGGUUCUAAACCAGAAUCAUUCUGGGAAUGUCCUCCAGACGAGGACAACUCCGAGCUGUCAAAUCUUGUCCGUAUCUAUCAGUUUAAGAAGUCUGUUCUAGAUUGCAGUUGCAACAACAGGGUUACGGAUGAGGAGUUCGACAAGCAGUGGAAGAAACUUACGACAAUGUUCAAAGAUAUGGGUGUUUCUGUUGAAGAAAUAGAGAAGUACCGGAAUCCAUGGCGCCUAAUAGAGGAACUAAAAGAUACAGAUCAGACGUAUAUGGAUGAAAAAGUUAACUUCAGCACAAUUAACUCACUUGUGUUUGAUGUCGGAACGCAAACAAUGAAAAAAUUUUUCUUAAGCAAUACCAAAUUGUCAGAAUCUAAUGUUGGAACAUUCUUGAUUAAUGAAAGGAAAAACGGAUGUCUAAAAUCGGUUAGAAUUUUCGAAGAUCAAUGUAAUAAAAUGUUUACACAGAAAGCUGAUAUCAAUACUUUUGACAUUACAAUAUUGAUGAUGUUGAUUCGGCAUUGUUGUUCGUCCUACCCAAAAGACUUCUGGGUAACUCCAGAUUUAACAUUUUUUAUUAAGCUUGCAAAUCUAAUCCAAAUCCAUCAGUACAGAAAUAGUGAAUUGGCCCAUUGUUCGAGCGCAAGCAUUUCAAAUAAGAAGUUUGAAAAAGACUGGGUCACUCUUACAGACUACCUUCUGAAAUCUGGUGCCGAUUUCAAAGAAAUCGAAAAGUAUAAGAAACUGCACAGUGUAUUUACGUGUAGAAAGUAGAAAAUAUGCUGUAUACGUAUUCUAAAGCUUUUAGUCACCCUGGAGCAGUGUUAAACCCGUUUGGCGUUAACGCAAGAGUGCGCGUUUUGUUCGUGAAUUUUUCGCACUAGAGCAAUUAGACACAAUUUGUUCAUAAAUAAUAUGUUUACAGUUGUAUCCAAAUAUGUGUAUUUGCUAAUUGCUAUAAAAUAUGUUUUUCCCCUCUCAUAUCGGGGGCCCUUUCCUCCUCCAUGGUGGUCACGCUGGUAAACAUACACGAUGAGUCAGCAUCAAAUAUCUAUUUUAAUUAGGCUAGUUCGAAGAUAUUGGUCAGAGAUAUUUAUUACAGUUUUUUAAAACUAAGCCUACAACAAAUUAUGAGUUAUAGUAUAUAUUUUUUCAUGAAUCAAACUAGUACUGUAAAUGUGUAUUACAGUACGUUUCUCAAAAAAUAUUUUACCAAAUCAAUGUUGGUAGGUCUCUUUUCUUUGAUCUUGUUAGUAAAAUGAGCAAGCAAUCAUAAAAUCAACUUUAAGAUUUUUUCAGAUUCCCAAUUAUAUCUAUCGGAGUGUAUUUUUUUGUUUCACAAGAAUCUUCCACCAUAUUCGUAAGAAAACGAUACAUUUUGUAUUUGAUUCUCGUCAUUAAUAUUCCCUAACUUAAUAUUUGAACCGAGUACAGUAAUAUUAAUAUAUACUAUGGUGCAACUAAUCUCUCGCAGAAGCAUGUCACAUGAACUCGUCGUAAAGCAAAAAUAAUUGGAUUUGGACGUCGUAUCACAUGCUAAAUGAUCGGAUCAUAGGAAUUAAACAAGAUUGUAGUUUGUCCUCAAUGCGUGUAUUAGUUGUUAAGGGAGAAAUACAAUAGCAAAAAGAAAGAUGUGAGGUUACCGUUUUCAUUAGCUGUGGUGAGGCAUCCACAAUAUUCUUAAUCAAUUCCAACCAUUUACAACACUAAACUGAGUAUGCAUUCAUUAAUGUUUAAUUUUGUCUUUGCCUUGAAUCUGUCAGGAGUGGCGCCGUCGGGGGAGGGAGGGCCCCGGUUGGGGAGAAAAAGCACAAUUCGUCGGGGAGAAAAAAAAUUAUAUGUAUUUUCUACAUAUUAGUAGACACUAAAAUCGAUUAAAUAAGCCUUUGAAACCCCUAAAUUGUCCAAAUUUUCGAAACCUUUUAAUCGAACCUCGACCACGCCGACUAUGCUUUUGUCGGGGAAAUCUGACCCCUCGUCGGGAACAUCGCCCCUUCCCCGUUGGGGACAUCGCCCCCCCCCAACCCCCGUCGGGCAAAUUCUGGCGCCACCCCUGAUCUAUGUCCAAUAGUUAAUUCGUUGUUUAAAUAUUAUAAAUAGCUUUCCUUCAUCAGUUGAAAGCCAGUAACAUCCAUUUAUCUAAAAAUAGGAAAGUACAAGGCUUUGUAAAUGUUAUAUAAUAAGGUUGAAUGUGUAACAACGAAUAAUGGGUGGAUUUCUGAAAAUUUCAGCAUGGAUAAAGGUAUAAGGCAAGGUUGCCCGUUAUCAGCAUUGCUUUUUAUUAUUGUUGUUGAGGUUAUGGCAUGUAAUGUAAGAAAUAAUAGUUCUUACAAGGGAAUUAAAUUACCAAAUAUAAGUGAACAGCACAGACAUAUAGAAGCUAGAAUUAGCCAGUUGGCAGACGAUACCGUACUGUAUGUCGGAGAUGAAAAAACUCUACACACAGCGGUGAAGGUUAUUGAGUCGUUUUGUAAAGUAUCUGGUAUGGCAUUAAACAAAACAAAAACAAAUGCACUGUGGAUAGGAAAAUGGAAGGAUAGGGUAGACGAACCUCUUGGAAUAUGUUUUUUUGGGGAUGUUUAAAUGUAUGUGUAUUUAAUUUGCAGUCUUUAUAAAUAAUUAUGUAUAAAGAAAGAUAAGAUAUAGUAAUAUGUGAGUAAAGAAAGAAGGUAAUAAGUCCUAAUGCUGUUUGUUAAAGGUAUUGUA